UUUUUACGUUUGUCAACAUUGCUUGAGAGAUUGGCAGCUCGUCAAUCUACCCCCUCUUUAUGUUUUUCUGCCCUGGUUUUUUGCUGACCCUUAACAUUUAUUAAUCACCCUAACAGGGGUCAGUCACAGGGACGUCUUGGGAUUAUGUAGUCUUAAUAGUAAUAAGUAUACACGUAUGUUUAUAAAGGGGGCAAAAGUUUUUGAAAAAAAAAGCAAACGUCUUUCAUCAUAAGGGCUGCUGCUACUGUGACUGCUGCUGCUACUGUUGUUGUUGUUGUUUGUAUCUAGCCUGACCUAGGGUUGAACGACUUCUCAGGUUUCCUUUGCUGUGUUGGAUUCGUAUGGCUAACAGUAAAAAACCCAUCGACAGAAUUGACAGCAUUUUACACCUACACAGACCUAUGACAAAGUUAUGUUUGUCUUCAAUUUUUACUAUAUAUUUAGCAGAAUUCUUUAGUUCUAAUUCCUUAUUAUGUCGGACAGUGACGAACCAAAAGAUGGUAAUAACGAACCUUUAAGAAAUAGCUUCUGUGAUUCCACCGAUUCUGAGAACAGCAUCUUUGCACAGUCGCCAGAUGGAGGCUGGGGAUGGAUGGUCCUGUUCUCUUCUUUUCUGCUGAAUGUUAUCGCCGACGGCUGUGCUUAUUCCUUUGGGGUAUUUUUCACAGAACUCCUGCAGACGUUUGGUCAGAGCAAAAGUAAAACAUCAUGGGUAGGGUCUGUGUUUGUCGGGGUUUCGCUCAUUUGUGGGCCCCUGGCUGGUGCCCUCACCACGAAAUUCGGAUGUCGGAAGAUGACUAUUUUUGGUGGGAUUGUUUCUACAACGGGGAUAAUCAUCAGUGCAUUUGUAAAUUCGAUUGAAAUGUUGUGCUUUACGUUCGGCUUUCUCGCUGGUUUUGGUAUGUCCAUCAGUUACGUCACAUCAAUUGUCAGCGUGUCGUUUUACUUUGAGAAAAAACGUGCUCUUGCAACGGGGCUCUCGGUAUGCGGUUCGGGCAUCGGUACCUCCGUUUUUGCCCCCUUGCUCGAAUACUUGAUCGAUUUGUAUGGCUGGAGGGGCACCAUGUUGGUUCUUGGUGGCAUUGUCUCCAAUGUGAUAGUGUGUGGCGCCUUACUGAGGCCACUAAAAUACGACAGCAAGAAAAACCACGAUAAAACAGCAAUGGAUAACUUAUCAAAGAUCUCAAAACGAAAUACCCUGUUGAAUUCCGCUUUAGAUGAGGGAUUUUCAUCCCGAAGUUAUGAUGCUCAAUUAACCUAUGAUUCCGAUAUGGCAAAUUUAACCGUGUCAAAUUCAGUUGUUCAAUUACCCACGUAUAUACAGCUGAAAAGGGCCAGUCUUUCACACGAAGUCUUUCAUAAGCUGCGCAACAGCACAAACCACGGUGGUGAUGUUCGCGUUGUGCUCGGAGAACCAAAUGUCAAGCAAACAACAUCAUUUCCCGAUUCUUUUUCUACUAAUAAAAUCGUCAAUGGACCGUAUUACAUGUCGGAUGUUCUCCCGGAGAAAAACAAAGAUGUCUGGCAGCAGAAGACAUCCGCUACCAAACAGAAGCCUUCAGCAUGCAGCCAGCAGAAUAUUGUUCACCGGAAGGAUAUCUUUUACCGAGGGAACCUGCUCAAACUGUCCCUCGAACAGAAGUCGAGUAGUUGCCCAGAAAUUUCACAUUUAGUCGGAACGGUUAAUGACCAAGACAACACCAGUGACUUCCUGGACUGGUGUGAAAUACUCAAAUCUCAAAAUAUCAGUAAACAUAUGAAGAAAUUGCUAAGAACGAUGGUUAAUCGUUCAAUUCUCACUCAUCCCGUCUUUAUUUUAUUUGUCAUAUCAAACUUUAUAUUUUUCUUCUGGAGUGAUAUUCCAUACAUAUAUAUCGUCGAUCAAAGUGUGAAGAAAGGAAUUCCGCAACAGAAAGCCACAUAUUUAAUUUCUGUCUUUGGACUGGUCAGUACUGUUGGACAAGUCGUUUUUGGAUUUGCUGGCGACAGAGUCCAAUCUCAAUUGACGUUUCUCUAUGCCGUCUCUACUGUGUUGUCGGGUGUGUCUAUUAUUUUCAUGCCGCUGUGUCUGACUUACGGAUCUUUGAGUGCGGUGUCAGCAUUAUUUGGAUUCUUUUCAAGUGCCAACAAUUCUUUAUGUACCAUCCUGCUAGUAGAAUAUCUGGGACUGGAUAACCUCACCACUGCUUAUGGUCUGAUGCUUCUAUACCAAGGAAUUGCAAACCUUUUGGGUCCACCUGUGGCUGGUUUUUUAUGCGAUACCUACGGGAGUUACGAUUACAGUUUUUAUGCCUCCGGAGCGUUUGUCAUUCUGUCAGGCCUGAUACUCAUACCGACUCCUUAUUUGCGCAGCUGGGUCCUCGCCAAACAGAAAAAGGAGACCCAGAACAAAACCCAACAGCAAGAACCUUCCACAUCGAAGUUAAUCAAAUGCAAGGUUUUGUCUCAGAUGGAAACGGUUGUUUGAAGAAUACAUCAAGAAAACGAAGAAAUUAACAAAUGAAGCAACAAAAAAAAAAAAUUAAUUAAAAAGAAAACGGAAAAAAAAUACAUAUAACCAAAUC